GAGGAGCUUCAGUGCAAAGAGAAUGAGCAUCUUAACAGAGCAGCUCUGCUGGGAGUGUCGUUCCUGAUCUGAGCGGAGCGCUGAAGCUUUGGAUACCAUCCGCACAUCAUCAGUCCGACUUGCAAAAUGUCUGAUCUUGAAGAUUUCAGCAGGCCAGGAGCACAGGCCAAUGUAUCCGACAGCUACCAGCUCAACCCCACCAGUGUGAUUGUGUCAGUGGUCUUCUCCCUCAUUUUCCUGCUGGGCACCAUUGGCAACAGCCUGGUGCUCGCCGUGCUACUGCGGAGCGGACAGGUCGGGUACAACACAACCAAUUUGUUCAUUCUCAACCUCAGCGUUGCCGACUUCUUCUUCAUCAUCUUCUGCGUUCCUUUCCAAGCUACCAUCUACUCUUUGGAGGGAUGGGUGUUUGGCUCCUUCAUGUGCAAAGUGGUCCACUUCUUCAUCAACCUCACCAUGUAUGCUAGCAGCUUCACACUGGCUGCUGUGUCUGUUGACAGGUACCUGGCCAUUCGCUACCCACUACGUUCCAGAGAGUUAAGGACCCCGUGUAAUGCAGUGGUUGCCAUGGUGGUUAUCUGGGGUCUUUCCCUGGUAUUUGCAGGUCCAUAUCUCAGUUACUAUGACCUGAUUGAUUAUGCCAACAGUACUGUAUGUAUCCCCGGCUGGGAGGAGCAGAAUCGUAAGGUGCUCGACACAUGCACCUUCCUGUUUGGCUACGUCAUCCCUGUGCUGAUCGUGAGCCUCUCGUACACUCGAACCAUCAAGUACCUUUGGACGGCUGUCGAUCCGCUGGAUGGUAUGUCAGAAUCCAAGCGGGCCAAACGCAAAGUCACCAAGAUGAUCAUCAUUGUCACUGUGCUCUUCUGCAUAUGCUGGUUGCCAUACCACGUGGUAAUAUUGUGCUACCUAUAUGGUGACUUUCCUUUCAAUCAGACCACGUACGCCUUCAGGCUCCUCUCUCACUGCAUGGCCUACGCCAACUCUUGUGUCAACCCCAUCGUGUACGCUCUGGUGUCCAAGCACUUUCGUAAAGGCUUCAAGAAAGUAUUCAGCUGCAUCCUUAUUAAAAAUGGGAGAAAUAAGGUUCAUGUGGUUCAUGUUGCCAACACCGGACCUGGAUUUGAAGCAGGCUCCACUGAGGUGUCGCAGAUGAAUGAGGAGAACGUGAGACAGAAUGAAUGUGAAAUGAUCAACAGGCCGAGGCUGGUCGAGCCAAGAGAAGCUACCGUGACUCUGAAUUUGCCUUUUCAGCAACAGACUUGACAUGUGAUCCAACUUUGCUGAUAGAAUUAGUGCAGACUGCCUUACCUGAAAGUCUUUCCAGCUGCUUAUACGAAAAUCUGUGAACUUUUUAUUAUCAUAUUCACAUUUUUUUAGUGGUAAACAGGAAGGACGAUAAGCAGAAAUUCAAGUGGGUUAAUUCAAUAGUUUAUUCAAAAGAAGGGGAACCACCAUAAUAUAUUUGUUCCUAAUUCACUUGAAAGUUUCUGUUCAAUCACUGAGAGUAUAUCAAUGUGAAAAUUCUUUGUUUCCCAUCUCACUAUGCCUUAACAAAUUGCUUGCACUCAUGAUAACAACUGUGCAGUGUUUGGGUAUUCUCACUGAUCCAGCACAUUUUGAAAGCAGAAAGGGGAUGUGUUACUGUAUAUUUUUAUUUAUUUAUUUAUUUUAAAUAGUCAAAUGAUUCCAAAAAUGCUGAAGAUUUGGCAGCUGUGAAGAGAAAUCCACGUGCAUGCCUGGUUCGUGUGAGUUCUAACAGGAUUUGAUGAAUGUUAAGCUAAUGCGCAUAAUCAAAGGAAACUGUAAGGUGAUGCUUCUGUUCUGCUGAUGUGGCGUCCAUCUUGUGUGACUCAUCAACAAGCCGACCAUUCCCACAACACGGUGUUUCUAACCAUAUGUUCAAGUGUAGCUUUGAUAUUCAGGAACUUCAACCUCUCUAUAUAGUCUUUUCUUCACAUGAACUCUAUAAUUUUCCAAUUCUAGUACUGUAUAACCUUUUUGAUAAGUUUUGAACCACUUCAGUCCUAUAGGUUGUGGUUUCUGUGGAGCAGAGUGCUUGCUGUGUAUCUUGCAUGCCGUUCUGAUGUGUCAAGAUAAUAUUUCUAUGACUACACAAAAGUGAUGUAAAACUCAGAAAUGUGUGAAAAACAAUUACAUAUAUAAAUCAGUUUUGUACUGGCAUUAAGAAUAUCAUAAUUUGGUCUGUUUGCAGAAUUAGUUGUUUUUUUUGUUUUUUUUUUUUCUUCUUUUUUCUUUGUUUUUUAUUGGCAUUUUGCAAAGAUGGCAUGUUUCUCUUUGGUGUAAAAUAUUAUACAUUUAAAUAGACAUGUUUAUCAAUGAGUGCACUUAUAUAUUUAAGAGUUAUGUAUUUAUAAAUGCGUAUAUUUAAUAUCUUAAAAGCUGUGAUAUGAUAAUCAUGCAUUUGCAUACUUUAUUUCUCCAAAUGGAAGCACAUCCUCAAUUUCUCCUUGUUUUGCUGUAAAAUUGUGUCCUUCCUCAGAGCUGUAAAAAGCCUCUUGUUUGUGUUCUGUUCAGGAUGUUUCUAUUUAAUCUGUUAAUGUGAUGUAAGAUGCUAUUUUUCUUUCAGAUUAUUUUCCAACAAAAUUUUCAUUGCUUAAUUUUCCACCAGUGUGUUUUGCUCACUGCACCUGUGGUUUAUACUCAAUAUCUCUCUGAUGUGUUUAACCAAGCAGAGUUUUCAACUGUCACACUCUGCAAAUUUGAAAUGCAUAUUAUACAUAAAGUUAUUUAUAUGCAAAUGUUGAACAAAAUGUUAUUCAUGCUUAGAUGACCAAAUAAACAAUUUUCUGCUA